UGCCAAUAAAACAUUACAAAAAUGAAAAUCUCUCUCUCUCUCUCUCGCUCUUAGAUUCUCUCUGUCUAUCCCCAUGUCUUCGAUCUGAUUUGGUUCCCAGGAGCCUAGUUCUACCGCAUGCUCUUAUCGUCCGUACACGAGCGAAGCCGAAUCAAAACUCUACCGUUUACUCUCUGAGACCGGAGUUUCUUUUCCCAUCAACUUCCAGUGAUUGUCAGGAUCAGUAGGUGGUGACAAUGUCGACUCCAUCUAGGAAGAGGCUGAUGAGAGAUUUUAAGAGGUUGCAACAAGAUCCACCUGCAGGCAUCAGUGGGGCACCCCAAGACAACAAUAUAAUGCUUUGGAAUGCUGUUAUUUUUGGUCCUGAUGAUACUCCGUGGGAUGGAGGUACGUUCAAGUUGACUCUGCAGUUCACGGAGGAUUACCCAAACAAACCACCAACAGUGCGAUUUGUUUCUCGAAUGUUUCAUCCAAAUAUUUAUGCCGAUGGAAGUAUUUGUCUGGAUAUUUUACAAAAUCAGUGGAGUCCUAUAUAUGAUGUGGCAGCUAUACUCACGUCUAUCCAGUCACUGCUGUGUGACCCCAACCCCAACUCUCCUGCAAAUUCGGAAGCGGCUCGGAUGUUUAGCGAGAACAAGCGCGAGUACAACCGUAGAGUGAGGGAAAUUGUGGAGCAGAGCUGGACAGCAGACUAACUCCAUGGGCCUCUGAUAGGGCACCCUUGAGUCUGUUUGAAAUGACGUUGCCGGUCAAAAAAAUUUGUGCAAACUCAACUUUUCUCUUGUAUUAUUCACAUGUGUUCCUAUCACAAUUGUUAGGCCUGUUUUAUUUUAUUUAAAUAUGAAUUGAUGCAUUGUGUGUUGUUGUUGUGCUUAUGUAAAAUAGAAUUUAUUUAUCACUUUA